GAGAGGAUGAGGAGGGGGAAGGGGAGAGCUGAACUGCUGCGAGAGAGCGAGCGGAACGGAUAGGGGAAGAGAGGAUCAGAAGGGACUAGAAAGGACGGGAGGGGUGAGAGAGAGAGAGCCCGCAGGGGAAAGGGCAUAUCCCGUUCUACGUCUCUCGUUUAGUUCGGCAUGAGACGUCGUCGGUGGAAUGUAUAUCGUUGCGCGCGCUUUCUCGUCGCCCGCCGCAUCCUCGUCCCCGUAUCCCGCGCCAGCCAGGAGGACCGUGCUUGUGCGUGCGGCCGUCGUGCGUUUAGUUCGCGUGUGCGCCGCGCGGCGCUGCUCACCGGCUCGCCGUGAACAAUUUCGUGACCGCCCUUGUCCGCUGCAGUUUUCUCGCCUCUCGUUCUCCUUUUACGAGAAGCUCCUCGAUCUCGCAUCGGGAUCAUUUCUCCGUCGUCGGCCACGACGGCGCCGAGCAAAUCGUCGUGGCGGACAUGGCAGAUCGCGCUGCCCCGAUCGCGGUUGAUCGGGUCUGGGAAUGACGCGCGAUCUCGCCGUACCACGCGACAUCGCAGUAGUAGUAGUAGUAGUAGUAGUAGCAGCAGUAGUAGUAGUAGUAGACUGCACAAAGAGAGAACCCCGGAGAAGGGCGAGAAGGAGGGAGGGAAGAGAAGGUAGUGAAAACUCGAGACGUUGUCGUUCUGGACCGUCGUCCGUAGGCGCUCUUGGCACAUACGUGGUGUCCGUCGUGUCGCGCGAAAGACGCGUCGCCGCUGUGUGGUCUACGCACGCGCGCGCGCGCAGAAUUCGCUCGUGCUCCAGAAUCGUCAACCGGGAACACAUAGGCGUUACUCGUCUCUGCUGGCACACUUAGCGUUUUGCAAUUCCCGACGAAGAAAUGGCUGGUAUCGGCAAAAGGAUGCUCUUACGUGAUAUUAAUCAACAUUUGAUCUGUCUACUGUGCCGAGGCUACCUCAUAGAUGCCACAACCGUGGUGGAGUGUUUGCAUUCCUUUUGCAGAAGUUGCAUAUUAAAACAUCUCAGCACUUCAGCGCAGUGCCCAUCGUGCAAACAUGUGCUCAACAAAGCGAAGCCAAAUAUCAAAGCCGAUAAGACGUUACAGGAGAUCGUAUAUAAGCUGGUGCCUGGGUUAUACCAUAGAGAAAUGCUAAAGAGGAGGGAGUUUUACAAAAAGCAUCCCGAGCACGCGAAUCUAACAACGCCGGAGCAACGCGGUGAAGAUGUGAGCGGACGAUUAAUAUUUAAUCCUGAGGAUGUGGUGAGCUUAAGCUUGGAAUACCUGCCGCCAGAAGCAGAUCCGCUGGAUAUAUUGAGUAUCAAUGACACGGACAUGAGCAAUUCGAAUAGCGUCAACAGCUGUGGCAAUACCAAUAACAGUAAUCACAACGGCAAUACUGGCAACAGCAGGAGAUAUCUACAAUGUCCGGCUCUCGUAACUAUUGCGCAUCUCAAAAAGUUCAUAUCAAUGAAAUACAGCGUUGACCUAACAAGAUACACCAUCGAGAUUUGUCAUCGACGCGCGACUCUUCCCGAAAACUGGACCCUCAUGGAUGUCGCUUAUAUUUACGCGUGGAAAAGAAUUGCACCGAUGAGAUUUUUCUAUCUAGUGGCGCAUGAGCAGAGACUCGAAGCACCGCUGCACCAAAGACCAUCGACUCCAGGAUUGGGAGCCCGGGACUGUUUGCCGCCGAGCGACAUUCGGAAUAACAGUGACAUAAACAGUAAUCCCGUUAAUCAGAUUCCGGAAACCUCUAAAUCAGAGGUUAAAUCUGCGAGCGAUAGCGAUAGAACAACAUCUUUGACGAAAAAUUUGACUAAGAUUGCAAGCAAGGUAAAUACGCCCGUGGAUUGCAAACCAACAGUGUCAAGCAAGAAAGACGAAACAAGCAAAACGACAACGAUGUCCGCAACGUCGUCGACACUAACAGUGACGAGCACGACGACGACGAUAUUGACCACAGUAGCGACAAACAUGUCUUCGCCGACGACGACGACAACGACGACGACGUUCAAUGACUCGAACAAGCAAAUAAAGAGUCCGAUUAAGAUAAUGAAGAAUCCAGACGGAAAAUACGAAGUGCUGAAGAAUCCGUCCACUCCUUCUACCGUGACGAACAUUAAAAGCCCAACGAGUCCUGAAUUUAGUGUCGUGAAUUCCAACGGUGUCAAGAUAACGCUGAAGCAAUGUUCGCCGCCUCAAAAUAAUAAUGCGAAAAAACCAAAAGUCAUUAGCGAUGUUCUGUUACGUUGCGGCCAAAUAGAAAAAGACAUGCCAUCGUCGGGCGCGUUGAUUCAGCGACUACAGCAGCAACAAGAUAAGGAUAAAUUUACUACAACGGUAUUGCCCGAUAAGUUGGAAAAGCAACGGCGUAAAGUGACCUUUUCAGUAGAUCGACCCCCGACGUCCGAAAAGACCUCUCCCACUAACGCCAGCGGUACCGUGCCAAAAACAGCGUUAAAGAAACCGGCGGAGCAGCAGGACAAAAAGCAAUUUCUGCAGGGUUUCCAGUUGACCGCCCGGGAACCAUCGGUGCCAAACGAUAACAAGCUGAUACCUACCAUUCGAGACAUUGGUGCCGCGGUAAACGCCCUUAAAUCUCUUCAAAAAAAUAACGCGAAAGUGGAGGAAUCAUCGAAGAAAGAUACCGAGGAUAUCAAGAAAAAGAGCAACACUGAGAACGCCGGCUCGAAUGCAAACGGCAAUACCAUCGCAACAAACGCAGUCGCGAAACGGAAUCUCCUCGGAAUGACUGCUAAUUCACGUGCGAACAAGACUAACGACGCAAACGGACGUGCAUUAAAUUCGGGAGUCGGUUCAAAUAGCACGAACAUCGCGAGCAGCAACCAUCUUGCCGCCAAGAUGGAUGUGUACACCUUCCCUAGCGAUCCGCCGAUCGUCGGCGGUACCGUUCUAGCCGUAAAGUUCGGAGCGGUAAAGAGGAAAUGUCCGCCGGGUGUACCGAUUGCCGAUUUAAAACGUCGAAAAUCGUCGCAGAUAGCUCAGAGACAGGAAUCUAACAAGAGACAAAACGUUUCUCCGUACAAUUCUGCUAAGCUAUCGCGUACUUCUUCCGCGGAGCAUGUGAUACCUACGAGCAGAGCGACCAAUAUAUCGGGAGAUUACGGUGGCAGUUCGAGCCGUGUAUCCAACGCAAAAGCGUCGACCAGUCCGGUGCUGUCAAACGACACCAGGGAUUUUCUAGUGGAUGGCUACGGAUUGAAUAUUCCAGCGAGUUUGAGCAUAACGCUGACAUCACCCAAGUCCCCGGGAGUUUCCGGGCAAUUAGUCGAGUCCAAAGAUUCCAGCGAUAACAAUCGCGGGAAGGUCGCGCUGGGCAAAGUGAAUCCUAGUAUCACGUUGAACGAUCGGUCGGUCGAUCCGCGCGUGUUGAAGGCUCUGAAGACCGGACAGAUCAGAAUGCCAGCCACCCCAGCGAAGGCCAAACCAGCGGCGGCAACGACAGCGACGACGAAACAGACGCCGAUGACGACGGAUCGUAGCGAGACAGCAACGAACCCGCAGCGAACGACGACAUUUGCUGGCAAACGAAAGAAGGAACACGAAUUAUCCAGAGACAUUCUGGAUUUGAGCGGAGGUAAAAAGAAUAUAGAUUUACACCCUCUAAGAAUUCCUCAGCCGGUGACUAAGCUUAACCAAAACAAAACCAAUAAGAUUACUGGCAAGGAUAAUGUACAACCGGGUAGCAUCUCCGAUCAGGGCCAACUGGUGACGCUGGGCAACCAUCUGUAUUAUCGAGCACCUCCGGGUUCUCUAACACCCGCCGCUCAUCGUGUCAACGAUUUUCCACUACCACCGUCGCCAUCGCGCACCCCCGUUUACGCGCCGUGUCUCGGUUCCAUCAAUCGAUCGAACUUGGACUUUUCAUCUGCUUUUCCGACUCUAUCGAGCUUUUAUGCUCUGAAUCAAGCGCCGAAUCUUCAACAAUUUCAUAUGGACACGGCGCGGCUGAAACUGCCACCACGUUCCAUUGCAGAAAGCGGCGCAAUCUCUGCCUCAUCUGGAAGUGGUGACAACCCAGUUAAUCCUAGUAUCAGUGGCAUACCAGGGAAGACUCAUUUAGCCGCUCAGUGCGCGCCGGUUAAGCCCGCGAGAUCUUCCGUAGCACCCUUGGCGGUUCCCAUCAAUAAGCAACAACAGUCUGCCGACAAAUCUGCGAACGUUAAUGCCAAUCGGAUGAAUCUGGGCGAUUCCUCAAGCAAACCUUCGGCUUUCCGUAAUAACGAAAGUCACGUCUCGGCAGACGAAACUGUUCGUUUGAACGUCCAAAAAAGAUUUUCCUCGAAUGUCGAAAGUACAAAUAACAGGUUUCUGUCACGGAACGAAGACGUAAAGAGCACAAGCCAAACCACGAACGAGACUGCUGCAGAUACGAAAACCGAGCCCAGAAAAGAAAUGAUCAAUCCUGACAAUUCGAUGCAACAGCGGCAACAGCAGCAGAAUCGCGAGGCAGCGAGUCCUAAUAUCGUAUCGUCGACGGCUUCGCCAUCGCCACCUCCCGGCAGUGGUGGUGCGAGGAAUGAGAGUAAUACUAAUCACGGUGACAAUAAUAUCAACAGUUCAAACGGAGGUAAUAACGGGACGUCAUCGAGUCCUACGAAGAGCAUCGCUUCCGAAGCGACGUGCAACAAAUCGCCGGACAGUCCGGACUCCAGUUCGAUCACGGUGGAGUGCAGUUCGGGUACGAGUUCGGGCAAGACGACGGAUCGGGAAAUGUCGACGGAUGAGACGAAAACUCCGGACACGAAUCCAACCGUCAAUGAUUCUACCGCUUCCGAUGACAAGAACAAAUUCGCCAUCAAACCAGAAGUGAGUGAGAUCGCGAAGCAAUUGACUUCCGUGCAGAAAACGUUAUUGGCGGUUUUUCCUUCGAACGAAUGGGCGAACAAUCCCAUCGCCGCCGAGCAUCUGGGAAACUUCUUGAAAAGUCUGAAUGCCACGAUAAAGAGCGAAGAAAGCGCCGACGAAUCCAAGGCGGAGAAAACCGAUCGGAAAACCGAGAGUAACGAGAAUCGGUAAUAACACUUCCGUUAAUUCAAGGAAGAUGAAGGCAUGAGUAAUCGCGACAAUUUUACGGUAUUGAAAACUAUACGCCUGUAUGGUGUUUCGAGUCAUCGAUGUGACAAUUUUAUAUAGGAUUUUAUAGCUCAUCUGGUGAGAAAAGACAGUUUUAGUUUCUUUCAUCCCGAUGAUUGUUAUAUAGACCGGAGGUUUCAUUGAAUUCAUUGUACAUCCGAUUAUUGUAUGCGAUAACGCGCAUACAAAACUUAACGAGAGGAAUAUGGGACACACGCAAGCAGACAAACGGAUAAACUCUGAGACACUGCCACAUGAAUGGAAAGAUGCGUGGAAUCAUUUUUUACAGGGAUGCACACAGUUAUUAUAAUUCACGCGAAGUGGGAGAGGAGAAUCUCAUAAAAAGAACGUUACAUAUAUUAUAGAAUACACAGAAUAUACAAAAUAGUAUAAAGAGCAGUAGAGAAUUUUAUUUUUCCAAGUUUCUUAAAAAGAAUCUUUCAUAUGCUCUAGAGGAUGAUCUAUAGAUUACAUUAUUGAUCUUGUCAAAUUCAAACUUGAAACAUUCCGGAAGAAAGAAUCCAUUGUCUUUCUCUGAGAAUCUUAUAUGCUGAUACCAGAAUGUAACUUUCAAUCAGUGAUGUAGAUUGACAGCGACAGCUUAUUUCACAAAUAAACUAUGUAUUGGAUAGUUUACAGUCAUUGCUUUCAACAUUUGCUACUAAAAUCAUGUAACAAAAUCGCGUCUUUGUAUAUUCAAUUAACAAGUGUUAUAGCUGCGUUGACAGCUAAAAAGAAAAGUAACAAAAAGCUAAAAGUGGUCCAAGCAAAAACAAGUUGUGUAAACUGUAUUUGCAUAUCAUAUAUUUCGCAUUGAUUCUUUGAUACAGAUUCAAUAUCGUUUUUAUACCAUUUUUCUAAAAUUUGCUAAUGCAUAAUCAAAUGCCAGGAAAUGAAAAAGAUUGCAAGAUUGAAUUAAUAGGAUAAUAAAACUAUUAUAUUAUCUAUAUUUUAUUCAAUCUUUUAUUAUUGUACGCAUAUAUUUCAUUAUAUAACUUGUUGAUUACAUAAAGCUCAGAUAUGAAAGUUACUAAGUAGAUGAUGCGAAUACAGUUCCACAUGUACAGAUCCGAUACUAUAAAUUAAAGAUGUCACAUGCACAACAUAUUCUUGGAAAAUGAAAAAUACUUUUCAAUCCAGUAUUAUUCUCUUACUAUAUCUUUUGUGUUAUGUUUUUUUUAUGUAUUAGUUACAUGCAUAAUGUCUAUAUGUUGUAUAAUUAUUGUUAUGUUAUGCUACUGCUCACAAGGCAUUUGUAUUAUAUUAAUUGUAUUUUAUUUGAGACUUGUACAUAUUUAUGAUUAUUAUAUAUAAUAAUGAGCGGAUCAUAGCAAUGUCCUCUUCUCGAAAUUCCUGUUAUUUGAUAAAUCGGUAGUUAACCGAAUGCGUUUCUUGUGUUUUACAUAUUAAGGAUAUGUGUAGUACGAUAAGAGAAUAUAUCGUUUCUAUAUUUGACAUACAGUCAAAUGUCCGUAUUGUAAUGUCAUCUGAAUUAAAUAAUGUCUUUUGACAA